AUGGUCGAUCCACACCGCCACAUCCGGAACCUCACGGAGGAGCAGAAGCAAUUUCUGGAAGAAUGUGAAAAGGAAUUUACCCACCGCUUCACUGAACGUGACUCUGAAUUCGCUGAAUUCCUUAAGCGUGAACCCCGUGAGUCGCCUAUUGUGGAUCCCUGGAUGAUGGGGCAUUCCAAUCGAAAUCAUGGGCAUCGAAAUGAUAAUUACCAAAGAGAUGGGCGAUAUAGGAGUGGCAGGAAUGACUACAGAGCACAUGGGCGUAAUUACAAUCAACACUACUCUCGCAGAUAUUAG